AUGUCCUCCCGCUUCUCGGCCGCGCGCCCCAAACGCGCCGGCGAGUCCUUCGCCCGCGCACAUCACGGCGAGCGAUCCACGACCACCACCUCUUCCUCCACCGGCCACGACGACGCACAAGACGGGCCCUCCGCACCAAAGAAGGUCAAGUUUGACGUACGAAACCCCUCCGCCCUCGCGCCCGACGCGGAGGACGAGGACGAAGACAACGAUGCGGUCCUGGAGGCGGACGUCAUUGGCAAGGGCGCCGGUGCUACGAAACGCGGCGCGGUGAAUAUCGAUGGGUACGACAGCGACUCAGACAAUGAGACGUUCAAAGAUCACAACGAUCUGGACGUGGCCGACGUUGAGAUUGACAUCGCGGACCAGCUGGACAAUUACGACAAGCGCCUGCGGGAUGGUGGGGACGGGCCUGGGGGGGAGGAGGCAGCAGAGGACGAGGACGAGGAUAUGUUUGCAGCAGAGGACGACCCCGACGAGGAAGAUGCGAAUGAUCCGGCCGGCCCAAAGACCACGUCGCGUGCCGCCGGCCGGAGGGCAAAGGAGGUGCGCUUCCUGGACGCGGACAAGAUCGAGGGCCAGGAACAGGCGAGCAGGAGCGGCGGGACGGUGCGGCUGGACGAGGGCAACGCCAGCAGCGACGACGAGGAGGACCUGGAGCUGGCGAUACAGGAGGAGGGCGUGGACGAGGAGGUCGGCAUGGGCGGCCUGAAGAGGAACGCACCCAAGAUCGACGCCUUCAACAUGAAGGCGGAGCAGGAAGAGGGCGCCUUUGACGAGGCUGGCAAUUUCAUACGCAAGGCGGUCGACCCAGAUGCCGUGCAUGACAAAUGGCUAGACGGGGUCAGCAAGAAGGACAUGAAGAAGGCGGCCGAGGCACACGAGAGGCGCGAGGCUGAGCUGCGGAGGCAGAGGCGGGAGGAGGACAGCCUGCUGACCGAGGACCUGCUCAAGUCGCUCAUCCUGCAUCUCGAGCUCGGGGAGACGCCGCUCGAGGCGCUGGCGAGGCUGGGCAGGGGCAGGGCCAAGGAGAAGAAGGUGCCCAAGUGGAAGCUCAAGAAGAAGCAGCAGCAGCAUCAGCAGAAGAACGGCGAGGAGGGGGAAGGCAUGGACCUGGACCACACAAAGGAGGAACACGAGGAUCCAAAGCAGGCAAAGAUCAAGGAGGCCAUCAACUCCAUUACCGAGGCGGCAGAUAAGCUCCUCGGCAGGGAAUAUGCAGAUAUCUACGAGACCGAGAGGGAGGUCCUUAUACGAGACUGGCAGACCGAGGCCGGUGAGCGCUGGAUGCAGCCCACGCCCGCUCCAGUCGUCGAAGAACAACAAGAAGAUCCUGCAGCAGCCGCAUCGACCGGGAGAAAGUGGGAGUACAGAUGGAUCGACGGAAGGGAUGGAGGUGUGGUGCAAGGUCCCUAUGAUGGUCCGGCGAUGAAGGCAUGGCAGGAUGCUGGCUAUUUUGAAGGGGUUGAGUUUAGAGCCGUUGGCGAGGAUGGCUGGAGUAAAGCAGCUGACUUUGUCUGA